AUGUCCCAAGAUCAAGCCCGUGAAUCGAAGGAAUCUCAAGACUCUACAGAGCUCAAGAGUUCAGGCAAGGACAAGCCUGAAUCCCUUCCAGCUCUAGAAUGGGAACACGUUCAGAGCAGUAUUCCUGUAGAGAGCUUCACGAACUAUGAGAUAAACUUCAACGGAUGGGCCAGGAAAGAUCGCUUGAAGACUAGAUUAGAAGAGCGAGCCAAACACCUUGAAGAAGAGGAGAAAGAACGCGCAAAGAAACAAAAGUUAGACCACGAAAACGAGGUAAAAGCUUCAGAAAAGCACAAUGAAGGAGAUGAAGAUUUGGGUUCCGACGAUUCGGAGCAUGAGAGUAAGCCAGUAGCCGAAAAAAGGGAAAAAGAUGUAGAGUCAGGUGGAACAUUAAAUGGGAAAAGCGUUAAAGAGGGCGACGAGAAUUGCUCAAAAGAUGUUAAGGAUGGUUCGGUGAAAGAUAGUGGCAGUGAAGAUAAUAUGGUGGAGUAG